ACGCGCCUGGUACGCCAUGAUGGUCCUGCCGCUGGCAUACUACCUCGUCUUCCACUAUCUGCCGAUGGCCGGCAUCAUCGUUGCUUUCAAGGACUACCGGAUCGCCAAGGGCGUCUUCGGCAGCGACUGGGUGGGCCUCAAGUGGUUCAUCCAGUUCUUCGAGUCGUUCUACUUCUCGCGGCUGAUGCGCAACACCCUGCUGAUCAGCUUCUACACGAUUGUCUUCGGCUUCCCGGUGCCGAUCAUCUUCGCCUGAUGCUGAACGAGAUGAAGGUGCUGCCGCUCAAGCGCAUCGCGCAGACGGUGAGCUACCUGCCGUACUGCGUCUCCCUGGUGAUCAUCGUGGGCAUGCUGGUCACUUUCCUGUCGCCCAACAACGGCAUCAUCAACAUCAUCAUCAAAUCGCUGGGCGGCGAAGCCGUCAACUUCAUGGGCCAGCAGAGCUGGUUCCGCCCGCUGUAUAUCGGCUCUCACGUCUGGCAGUGGUUUGGCUUCAGCUCGAUCAUCUACCUGGCCGCGAUAGCCGGCGUCAGCCAGGAGCUCUACGACGCGGCGGAGGUGGACGGCGCGUCGCGGCUGCAGCGGAUCCGUUUCGUCACCAUCCCCGGCAUGGCGCCGACGAUCAUCAUCCUGCUCAUCCUGAACCUCGGGCACGCGCUGUCGGUCAACUGGGAGAAGAACCUGCUCAUGUAUACGCCUGCCACCUACGAGGUGGCCGACGUGAUCGACACCUACGUCUACCGCCGCGGGAUCGUCAGCGGCGAAUACAGUUUCGGGGCGGCGGUGGGAUUGUUCAAGAACGUCGUCAACCUGGGCUUGCUGGUAGUCUUCAAUCGGCUGGCGCGGCGCUUUACGGAUACGUCGCUGUGGUGA